UCUUUCCGAUUUCCGGUUGGUUCGUCCGAAUUGUAUUUUCUACUUGGUUAGAGCAUUUUCUUUGUUCCAUCUCAUUGUCAGGAAAGGCCACCGCAGCCGACGUUUUCCGCGUGCCUGGGGCACUGACGCCGCAGGGAAACGUGGGUGGCGACGCUGACAGCAACCAGGCUGCUGCUCUACUUUAUGGCGGCGGUGAUUUACCGCCAGCAGUAGCCGAGGAUCCCCCAGGGAGCCCGAGCCCUCUACGGUUGUGGCUGCGCUGUCGUCGCCUACGCCGACCCUGUGGCCGCUACAGCGCUGGCUACGCUACCUGUCUUCUACCUGACGCUACCUGGUUCGCGAACGCGCACGGCGCCCUGGCCGCCGUCGUCAUAGUGGGGAUCGUCGCCGUCCUCACAGCAUCGACCUUCGUGAAGAUGCAAGUCGAUGCGGGCAACGCGACGACGAUGCCAACCUUCCCAACGCUCUCCGCCUGCAUGGGACACUGGGGCUCCUGGCAAGCCUGGGUGGCCACGCUGGCUGCCAGGGGGCUAACCCGGCUGCUGCUGUACUUCUGGGCAUCAGAAAUAUACAGAGAGCAGCAGCCGGGGAUACCUCAGACAGCCGAGGCCAUCUACGGCUGGUGCUGCGCGAUUGCGGCCUACGGCGAUCCGGUGGCGUCCACUGCGCUCGCCUCCUUGCCUACAUAUGGCCCUUAUGAGUACUCGGAGGCCCAUGCUUUGCUGGCGGCUGUGGUCAUGGUGGUUACGCUGUGCAUACUUUCAGCAGCGACCUACCUCAAGGUCAUGGCACCCAACAACAAUGAGACCUGGACCACGAUGGCACUAAAGGCGCUGUGUGGGCUUUAUGGUGUUGCGUGCGGUGUGGCCUUAGUCACGGGGGCCUUCAAGGACGCCCUCCCUCCUGAUUGGCAGCUCUUUUGUGAGCAUCUUACACAGCAGAUGGCUCUGUACCGCGUUCCGGUGGCGCGGUGGGCAAGUAGUGUGCACGACGCAAACCUCAGCGGCAGGAGAAUUCCGUUCGCUGUAGCCGCCGGAUUCCCCAUUGUGAAUGUGCCAUGA